UCCAGAAGGACAGCAGCUCCUUCCGUGCUUCUACGUGGUCUAGGAUAUUCUGGAUUUGUGUUGUCAAGGGAGUUUGCCUGCCUCUGCGGAGAAUGGCCACGUGGUCCCUGUGGGGUCUGCUUCUCUGGGAAGUUGCUGGCGCCCAAGUGCUAAGCAAGGUGGGGGACUCUGCACUGCUAGUGGCAGAGCAGCCCCCUGGCUUCCAAGUCCGCGAGGCCAUCUGGAGAUCUCUCUGGCCUUCGGAGGAGCUCCUGGCCGUGUUUUUCCAGGGUUCCCUGGAGACCCUGUACCACUCUCGCUUCCUGGGCCGUGCCCAGCUGCAUGGCAACCUCAGUCUGGAGCUCGGGCCACUGCAGUCUGGAGACAGCGGCAACUUCUCCGUGCUGAUGGUGGACACCCGGGGCUGGACCCAGACCCAGAUUCUACAGCUCAAGGUGUACGAUGCGGUGCCCAGGCCCAUGGUACGUGUGUUCAUCUCCGUGGAAGGGGAUGCUCAGCCCCUUAAGACAUGCCAAGUCUUCUUGUCCUGCUGGGCCCCCAACACCAGUGACGUAGCCUAUAGUUGGCGACAGGAGGGGAGGAUGGACUUAGGUGUGGAAGCACACAGCCUCUUCAUGGACGGACAGAUGCUGAGCGCUUCACUGGGACCAGGAGACAAGGAUGUGGCCUAUUCCUGUAUUGUCUCCAACCCUGUCAGCUGGAACAUGGCCACAGUCAUCCCGUGGGAGAGCUGCCAUGGUGAGGCAGGGACAGCCUCCUACAAGGACGCACUGCUGGUGGCCGUACCGGUCUUGCUGCUCCUGACGCUGGCUGGUGUCUUCUCUGCCUGGCACUGGGGUCGCUGCUCAGGGAAAAAGAAAGAUGUCGGUGCUCACAGAGUGGCUCCAGAGACAGAGAACCCCCUCGUGUAGGAUUUGCUGGGAGGAACAAUGUAAGCCAAAGCCUGCAUCGCCAGGAACCCCACUGCCCAGGCACAUGACCAUGGGACAGAGCUGCUUCCUGGAAACCACCAUGGUCCUCAGUUUCUCUUAGGACUUGGUCCUGCCUCCCAGGAGUAGCCUGGGCAGCUGUCACACUGGGAGGACAAAAAGUGCUGGCACGACCUUCCACACUCCCUCUUCAUCUCUCCCCAUUGGGCACAUCCUAACUCUUCUCUGGACAAGAUUGGCCAAACAGGACAGCCUCUCAAGGACAGUGGAAGGAGGCAUUGAAGAAACAAUGGUAGGGUUUGAAGUACUGUUUUUCCAGGAUGGCUUCAAUCUCUCCACCUAGGAUGUCAGUCCUGUCCAAGGUCCUUCCCUCUUCUCUCCAGUUCCUGAACCAUCACUUCACCUUGGACAGAUGAUCAGCAUAGUGGCCUCCGGAUUCACACCACCACUUGACUGCUCCCAGAUUUUCCCUUCCUGGAUGUGCUCAGAGGUCCCCAGUGGUCCCCUGGCUUUACCAAAUCCUCCUCCCUUUCCUGUACCUGCUUCUCUCCUAUCAUCCUCCCCCCAGUCCACCUGAGCAGUGCACAUGGCCACUCGACCUGGCUCAGUGUGCCAACCUCACCUGCCACCCAGAGACAUUCCUCACACCUGGUCACUAAAUCAUGUAAAACUGGCCCCAGGCCCCAAAACUGACAUGAAAAAGAAAUCCCGGAAUCUAGCAAUGAGCCGGGAUAGCCCUGUGGGGAGACACACAUGCCACUCUCCACCUUUCUCCCUCAUAUUUCUUGGGCCCACCUCAGAUCAGAGUGGCUCUAGAUGGGACUCAUGGUUCUCCCUUCACAAGGUGACUCUCAGCACCUCAUUUAGACAGUGGUUUUGCAGUGUGUGUGCCAGAUCCUUUCUGAACAGAUCCACACUGCUCAAAUAAGCCCAAGCUCCCAUCCUCAGUGACUCACUUGUCAACUAGUAUGCUAAUUAACCUUCCACCAAAAAACACAGAAUGCUUUCCGUGAGACCAAUUGUUGUGCUAAUAAGCAUUAAGAUUGAUUCUUUGAAAGUCACAUCAUGACAAAUAUUGAUUGGGGGCUCAGCCUGUGCUGGGUACACUUCAAGGCACUGGAAAACCAGUAGUGAACCAAGCAAAGUCCUUGCCUUGUGGAGUCUGUGUUCUAGGUAAUAUAAAUAACAAGUAAGGAUAUGUCUAAUGUAGAGAGUUUCUAUCAAGAAAGACAACGCAGGGUAAAGGGCUACAGAAUGAUGAAUCUGGGGGGCUGUUGUAGAUGAAGGAACCUGAGAGCGCUUUCUGAUGAGGUGAUGUCUGACAGAGGCCCAGCAAUGCAGUGGCCAGGAGUGCUCCAAACAGAGAGCCCAGAAAGUGCAAAAGCCCUGAGGUGAGAGAAUGGUUGGUGUUCACAAAGAAUGGAGUGAAGGCCAGGGUGGCUGGAUCUAAGCAAGGGAAGGAGAAUGGAAGGGGAAGGGUCCAAAAAGGUGACGUGAGGCCCUAUCGCAUGGGACCUUUGGGCUUUAAAACACCCCUUCCUUAAAGUGAGGAUGGCAGGGAGAGUCUCCCAUCAGUCCGUGUCAGACUCCUUCCAGAAUAACCUUUACAUCAUUGCUUCCAAUUGGCUCCUGGUCAGGCCAGAGCCCUUUCCAAAUCUGCUUUCCCUUUUUCUUGUUUUCACACAGUUUUCUUUGCCUUUGCACCCAACCUUCUGUGCAAAGGGGUCAUGUGACAUGUUAUCAGAAAAUGGGGGGGGCAUAGCAGAAGAGAAAGGCUGGAAAGGACAUUCUCUUCAUCAGUGUAGAGAUAAACACUCAGUGCCUCACUUAAAAAUAAAAAAAAAACUUCUGCAAA